AUGACGACACCGUCUGAUGAACCGACGACCGACAUUUGUCAAUGUACCAAAGUUAAGGAAGCUUGCGAGAGUGAAGGUGAUGAUCCUGGCACAACAGUGAUCUGUCCAGGCUGCCAUCUGGAGGAAGCUACGGCCAAGGAACGUGAGGAGCAAGAGGCCCUUCCUGACGAUAAACGGAUCUAUGCUGCUUUCAAAAACUCUCCCUCGCUGAUGAGAAUUGCCGCACAAGAACCAGGGGAACAGUCCAUCAGAUUGGUCAUAAGAAAGCGCCAGAAGGGCCAACAAUCAUCUGCCAAAGAUGCUAGAAAGCUGGUCAAAGAGUACGGCACUACACCUAUCGUAACUUCACUUAAAGGCAUGCUAAGCGAAGGGGUGUUUACAUGUACUGAUGUCGCAAAACGUCGAUUCCCCGACCUCUUUCCAAAAGAGCAGGUCUCAAACCAUGAAGAGGGGCAAGAGUCAGCAGCUGGACGUCCGUCUACAAAGGAUAUGGAGCUUCUUGGUGGUGAAUGUAACCAACUAAACGAGGAAGCUGGUGACUCGAGAGGUAACCACUCUUUUCCCAACCUAGAGCACGCAUGUUUCUCAUUCGCACAACGAGAAAUGCAACAAGCACUGGACAGAAACGACCACAGCUGCGCCGAGUCGAUUUCGCUACAAACCUGGAUAGACUUGUUCCAGAACAAUAAAACAUUCGAGACCGAAGAUAAUGCUGAGUCACUCUCGAACCUACUCCGCUCAGUAGGCAAGAUUCAGAAUAUCGCCAUUCAUCGACUUGACCUUAACUUCUUCCAAGCUAACCAGUUUUUACUGAAUGCUGAAGAGUUCAUACGGCUUCUCGACACUCCAAUGUAUUUAGACGCUGUCAAACCGCUGAGAGAGCGGAUUGGAGAAGUACUUCUUAUGGCGGAUCGAGCUACUGCUUCUAUCAAUAACGAAGCUGAUGGGAAGGUGGCAGAGAUUGAGGCUCAGAGAGAAAGGUUAAAUCGGGAGGAGGAAGACGUCAAACGGGUUCGGAGUGAGGGCCUGAACAACAUUAGAGAUUCCAUCGAGCGUGACAUAUUUGCAGCCAUGAGGCAAGCCAAAGACGCCUUGCCAGAUAUUGGACUGGCGGAGAACCGUUGA